UCGUAUAAAAAGCGACGAUCGGUUGACUCGCGACCGCCAGUUUCGCCCGAUGGAACGCUCGAGGAUGGCAAAGCUCGCGACGAUCGCGAUCGUCCUCCUAGCUUUCAGCGUCUCGCGAUCGCAGGGAAACCGCCACCCGAACGAUUCGUGGAGAUCCGUCGAAAGGAGAGCGCAAGCAACGACAGGUGAAGCGGACAAGACCAUCGGCAGGAUUUUUCGAAGUAUCGCGAGCGGAACGUCGAACGAGAAGGACGACGAGCAGCUGGUGGCCCUCAUCAAAGAGGAAAUCGUUCGUACGGCGCAAAGCAUUAAAACGCCGACAGGUUCGAUCGAUGCAGCAGCCAAGAGGGCUCAAAGGCUGGUCACCGAAUUGACGAACGCCUACACUACCGUCAUUUACAAGUCGAAGACCACCGAGGAGGCCAAAUCGAACUUCGCGCGUUUCCAGAGCACCGUGCAGAAGAUCGUAAACUUCAUAAAGAAUGGGCAGUUUGUGACUUAA